AUGAGAACGGGGGAGACUAUUGACAAGCAGGAGAUGCCACUUCUGGAGGCUGAGAAGUUGAGAUGGAAAGUGGUGCUGACACGUCUUACUGCAAUUGCGCUUUCUCUUGCAGUUAGGAAUUUGGCACUAAGAGGGCACACAGAAAAAUUGUUCUUUCAAUCAAAUGGCAAUUUUUUUAAAGAAGUUGAACUAAUGGCAAAAUCUGAUCCUAUAAUGCAAAAAGGGACCUCCAGUCCCACCCUCUACUUUGGCCACCACAUGCAAAACGAACUCACUGAUGUGUUGAGCAACAAGACGAUUUCAGCAAUUAUGAGCGACAUCAAGCAAUCAAAGGUUCUCUCAAUAAUUGUAGAUUGCACUCCAGAUAUCAGCCAUACUGAACAGUUAUCAGUUGUGAUUCGGGUUGUGUUACUUAAGGGGAAGACCCAUAUAAUGGAACAUUUCAUGGGGUUUUUGGAGGCAGAUGAGUCAACUGGGCAACAUUUGGCAUGUCUGAUUCAGAAGAAACUGGAGAAGUUAAAAUUACUGUCAUGGACUGUAGAAGACAAUUAUAUGACAGUAGAGCUAACAUGA